ACGAUUUUAUAGCUUGUGUAUUUUAUAUUUUUAAUUUAUUUAUACAAUGAGUACCUACGAAAAGACAGCUGAACCUUUAAUGUGCACAACGACCAGUGAUGGACACGUGGAUUAUGGCAUGCCUAUUUAUUUUGCUAAAAGCAAUGACUACAGGUCAUCCACCAGAAGGGCACAUGAUUAUAUACCUUCUGAGCCAUACACGUUUAGUCAUAGGAUAAAAGCUGUAAUAAACCCUAACAUCCUCAAUGUGGAUGAAAGGAUCAGGUCAGAAGGAUUCAAAACCUCUUACCAAAGUGCCUACGUCCUUAAGGCAGAUCAGGACCACCCUUCAAAUAAAAUAGGAAAGGCCCCACACAAAAAUGACUUUGUAAAGUCUGUGGAGGAGAAGUUGUUGACGAAUCCUCCGCCAACGGACAAAAUAAGAAUUUCCGAGAUGAAGGAUAACUACAGAAUGCACUAUUGUAAGCCGGAAAUUCAUGAAGUUGGUACUACGAUUAAAGCAGCAAGUACUUACAACGCAAAUGUGGAAAAAACUGAAAUGCCAAUAGCUGGUCCUGGUGUGCUCAAACACUUCGACAUCUACAUGACGGAGAACAAACUCAAGUAUCCCUCAUUCUCGUCCGAAGAACUGAAGAUGGCCAGGACACCCCUGAUUACUUAUUACAAUGCCACAGGAAAAUGUAAGGGCUUCGAUGGAGAACUUAGACCAUCCGAGAAGCCACCCACUCAAAAAUUGCUGUCCAGGGCAAUGCCCAGAGUUCCUAACUUUGGCAUGAGUUCCACCUACAAAGAGGCUUACAAGGAUCAAAAUUAUUCAGAACUUUACCCCUUCAUCAACUCCAAAAACGCCCUAGUAAAAUACGAUUCAGAUAAAGACAGUGCUGGGCCUUGGCAAAACACCUGUGCCCCCGGAAUGUACUGCACCGAAAGCUGCCACGUUGGAACAGGUUGGCCCGUUUCUGCCGUAAUAGAAAUUGAGAAGACCCCAACCACCAUACCCCACAACGUCAAGAGUUGCUCCAGAGACCAAAGAUGAUGUUGUAUUAAAUCAAUAAAAAACCUUAGUUAGAUAAAAUUU